CAGAGCGGACGGCGGCGGCAGCUCGGGCUCCGCGACGGGGGCUGGGAGAGGAACCGGCGGCGGGGACGUGCCCCAGGACGGCAGGAAAGCAUGGGCUGUGUGAGGUCAAAGGAAGCUGGUGUCCAAGACAAGAUGAAAAAAACUGAUCCUGACCCGGAUCCUGGCCCCACCAUCCUGCAGGGUCACUAUGUGAGGGACCCCACAGCCACCAACAAGAGAAACAAUAAUGUCCCCAGCAUGGCUGUGCCCCUGCCCGAGGAUGGCUUGGGGGACAGUGUGGUGUUGGCACUCUACGACUACGAGGCGAUGAAUGCUGGGGACCUCAGCUUCCAGAAGGGAGAGCGGAUGAAGGUGCUGGAGAAGUCAGGGGAAUGGUGGCAAGCACUGUCGUUGGUGACAGGACGUGAAGGCUUCAUCCCCAGCAACUAUGUUGCCCAAGUCAACUCACUGGAGACAGAGGAGUGGUUUUUCAAGGAUGUCAGCCGGAAAGAUGCAGAGCGGCAGCUCCUUGGCCCUGGGAACAUGAUUGGGUCCUUCAUGAUAAGGGAGAGCGAGACAACGAAAGGCUCUUACUCGCUCUCGGUGCGGGAUGGGGACGAGCUGCGGGGCGGGGCAGUGAAGCAUUACAAGAUCCGGACUCUGGACAGCGGUGGCUUCUACAUCUCCCCACGAAAUAACUUCAACACACUGAAGGAGCUGGUCCAGCACUACAGGGGUCAGAGCGAUGGUCUGUGCCAGAAGCUCACCCAUCCCUGCCGUGUACCCAAACCACAGAAGCCCUGGGAGAAGGAUGCCUGGGAGAUCCCUCGGGAGUCACUGAGUCUGGAGAGGAAGCUGGGAGCUGGGCAGUUCGGAGAAGUGUGGAUGGCCACCUACAACAAGCACACCAAGGUGGCGGUGAAGACCAUGAAGCCGGGCAGCAUGUCUGUGGAAGCCUUCCUGGAGGAGGCAAACCUGAUGAAGACACUGCAGCACGACAAGCUGGUGAAGCUGCAUGCAGUGGUCACCAGGGAGGAGCCCAUCUUCAUCAUCACUGAAUUCAUGGAGAAAGGGAGCUUGCUGGAUUUCCUGAAGACCGAUGAGGGGAACAAGCUGCCGCUCCCAAAGCUGAUCGACUUCUCUGCCCAGAUUGCAGAAGGAAUGGCUUUUAUUGAGAAGAGGAACUACAUCCACAGAGACCUGAGAGCCGCCAACAUCCUGGUGUCAGCAGUGCUGGUGUGCAAGAUUGCAGACUUUGGGCUGGCCAGGGUCAUCGAGGACACCGAGUACACGGCCCGGGAAGGUGCCAAGUUUCCCAUUAAAUGGACUGCACCAGAAGCCAUCAACUAUGGAUCUUUCACUAUAAAAUCUGAUGUCUGGUCCUUUGGGAUCCUCCUGACUGAAAUCAUUACCUAUGGACGCAUCCCCUACCCAGGGAUGUCGAGUGCAGAGGUGAUAAGGGCAUUGGAGCAUGGGUACCGGAUGCCCCGCAUGGCUAACUGCCCUGAGGAGCUGUACGACAUCAUGAUGAGGUGCUGGAAGAUCAGACCUGAGGAUCGUCCCACUUUUGAGUACAUACAAAGUGUUUUGGAGGAUUUCUUUACUGCAACAGAGAGCCAGUACCAGCAGCAGCCGUAGAA